GCAUUGCACAGAUACAUUUCAAGAUGAUGCAUCUCAGUCAAAGUUUCUGUCUUGGGCUUUUACUCAUGGUUUUAGUUUCCCCAGGAAGUGCCAUGCAGAAGCUAAUGGCUGACAAGGAGACAAUAGUAAAGAUUUUAUCUUCAGGAAAGUUAAUUCAAUGCUCAGAAGCUAUUGAUGUCUUAUUGCUGAUGGAUGGAUCCUAUAGCAUUGGCAAAGGAAGCUUCGAAAGAUCAAAACGUUUUGCCACCAAGUUGUGUGAUAUUCUCGACAUUAAUCCUGACAGGGUGCGUAUAGGAGUGAUCCAGUUCAGUACAAAACCUAAACUAGAGUUUGGGUUGGAGAUCUACUCGACAAAAGAGGAAGCAAAAGAAGCUAUCAAAAGAAUUAUCUUCAGGGGUGGAAGUACUGAAAUUGGUAGAGCAAUGAAGUACGUCUUACGUAAAGGGUUUCACGGAGCACGGGAAAGUGCACCGAAAAUAAUUGUGAUUCUCACCGACGGUAAAUCUCAAGACAAUGCAACACUUCCAUUGAGGUUGGCCAGGAACAGUGGAAUGACCGUAUUUGCUGUUGGGAUUAAGCAUCCAUCGUGGGAAGAUCUGAAAAGUUUAGCCAGCAAUCCCAGUGAAUUACAUGUGUUCUAUGCGGAAAACUAUGACGAUGCAAUCAAUGGUCUGUUCACUACACUGACUCAGUCUACAGUCUGUUCUGACAUCCACCCAGCCUGCAGGGUGGUGUCACAGUUUUGCCUGAGAACAACAGUGGACGCAGAAAAAGAAUAUCAUGGGAAGCAUGUUUGUUGGAAAAGCAAAAAGGAUGGUGGCAAGCAGCAUGGAAAACCCAUGGCUACAUUCUGUCCAUUUUACAAUUGGAAAAGGGUAUUUCAUAGGAUUCAAAACCGAUGCCACCGCACUGUCUGCCCAGAUCCCUGUGAUUCAGGCCCAUGUCUGAAUGGUGGUACCUGCAUCAUGGAGACUGUAGAUGAGUACAGCUGCUUGUGUCCCCUUGGGUAUGGGGGGGAUAAAAACUGUGCUGGAAACAAAUACCUGAAACCCGCUGCCAUUACGGACUGUACUGUCGAUCUGCUCUUUUUGGUGGACGGAUCAUGGAAUAUGGGCCUCGAAGGAUUCCAUCAGGCAAAAGGUUUUGUUAAACUCCUUCUUCAGUCUAUCAUGGCUUCAUCAGCCAUGGUCUCAGUGGGGUUCGCCCAAUACAGUGACAGUGUUCGUAUGGAGAUUGGAAUGGGACAGUACAGCACCUUCAGUGACUUGCUGAAAGCAAUCGAUUGGAUUCGCUUCAAAGGAGGCAACACCUUCACAGGAAGAGCUUUGCAGUAUGUCGCUGAAUAUGGCUUCAAGACCAGCGACGGCUUCAGAAACAGUAUUCCCCAUGUUCUCAUGGUGCUGUCCAAUUCUAAAUCACGUGACUCUCUGAUCUUCCCAGCACAGUAUGCCAAAGAGAGGGAAAUAUUGAUCCUCUCUGUUGGGAUAAGCAGUAUGAUAAAUGAACUAAUCCAGAUAGCUGGAGACACAAGGAUGGCCUUUACCUUUAACGGAGCCCAGGAGCUGCACAAUAAGGUUUUAGAGCUGAGGAACAAAAUAUGUGGAUUGAACACACCUGGAUGCUUUUCCAAAUCUUUGGAUUUGGUAUUUGCUGUGGAUGCUUCGAACAAUGUUGGAAGACAGAAUUUCCGUUACAUAAAAGGCUUUGUGAGGAAUGUGAUAUCCCAUUUUGAUAUUGACAGAGAACUUACGCAGGUUGGGAUGGUGAUCUACAGUGACAAACCCCGAACCCUCUUUAACUUGGAUGCCUUUGACAGUGAAGGAAAAAUGAAAAGAGCGAUCAAUUCAGCCCCAUUCCUGCAUGGGAAUGCUCUCACUGGGAAGGCUCUACAAUAUAUCUUGGAGGAUACUCUGAGCAUCCAGAGGGGAGUGAGGCCAGGAGUUCAGAAGGUUGUUGUAUUAAUCACGAAUGGUCAGAGCACAGACAACGCUUUGGCCGGUGCUGAACACUUGAGACAAAAUGGUAUCAUAAUAAUAGCAGUAGGAGUGGGGAAUGCUCAAUCAGCCUCACUGCUUAGAAUUGCAGGAAACCCAAAGUCCAUGAUUUCUUUGUGGUCCUAUGAAGAUGUUAAACAUUCUGAAAUGAAUCUGGUACGAAAAAUCUGUGAAAGUAAGUGGUAAGACAUUCAACUGAAUGUCAACAAACCAAAGCCUUCCUGCUCGGCCUCCUCUUGUAGCUUCCCGACUGUUCAUCCCAGCUCACAGAGCCUGUGUACAAUCUUGAUGUUUGCUUUGAUCUUCAGCUCUCCUUACAACCUUUGACUAAGUUCACUUUGGUCCACCUCUGCAACAUCAUCUGCGUUCAACCUUAACUCACCUCUUAACUCAAUGGAGUCAAAGCUAACUUCCAUGCGUUGAUCACAUUUAUUUGGAUUUCUCCAAAGCCUUUCUUGCUGGCCUUCCUAGCUCCAGUUUAUCCAGAACUCCACAGCCUGUACCUUUUCCAUUACUAAGCAUGCAAGCCCUUUGUCUCUUUCCUCACCAGGCUCCACCGAUUUCCUAUUGAUUUCAAGAUCCUCAGUCUAACUUUCAAAAACACACAUCCCUUGUCCCACCCUACCUCAGUGAACUCCUGCAGUUCUACUCACCUAUCCACCCCUUCCACUCUGCUAACUCACAUCCCCUUCCUCUGACCAACCAUUAGUGGGUGAGCUUUCCGCCAUUUACUUCUCUCUGGAUCUCUCUUCUUAAAUUGCUUCACCUCACACACUCCCUCGCUGCUUUCAAAAUCCUUCUAAACAGUUUAUACUGUUGA